UUGACGACAUUGCUGAUGACAAGGCAAAAUCACUGUCAGGCGUCAUUAAAGACAAACCGAACACAAUAUUGCUGUACUUACACCAUGGUGGUGUUUACCUUAAAAUAUGGAUUGAUAAUAAUGCAUGUAAAUGGCCCAAACACGGUGUAAAAAUUGAAUGUAUAUUUAAAGUGUUAGCUUAGUGUAAGGUAUUAGCUCACACCGCUUUUGCUCUCUCUCUCUCUCUCUCUUCCUUGUCUCACUACUACGGUCCAGGUCCAGUCAGCAUCGGCCAUUCCGUGUUUUACGAGCCUCUCCCCGGCGCAGUGGGAGGAAGUUGAACCACAGAGCAAGCGGUUCCACUGCGCUGACGAUAAAGAGGAAAAAAAAUACUGAAACGUACGAGCGGAGCGAGGCUUUACUGUAACAUGUGCCAUACUGGAGCAGGAAACUGAGCAGCUUGAGUAAAACGAGCGGACGGAAACGCUCACACACUAGAAGGACAAGGAGCGGACAAACGGGACUGCUCUUUCACUUGUAGCCGAGCGUGGGAUCACCCAGCACGGCCAGACUAGUAGUGAGGAACUCCUCACUUCUGGAUUGUCGUCGCUCAACGACGCGCUCGAGGCGUGUGCGGAGAGGACGGGCAGCAGCUGCAAGGCGGUCGUUGUUUAUCUGGGCCCUUCCUGGUACACUCACCAAGCCGUGGCCGAAAACCGUAUUCGAGAACAUCUCUAUUACCACAGGUUUUACCACCGCAAAGGAGGAAACGGUUUUAAGUAAACGAGUUCCUGCUGGUCAGUGAGGCUUCAUCUCCUUGCAGCGCCCCCCUCUCUCCUUCCCUCCUUCCCCCAGAUCUCCCUCCUCCACUGCCACCAUCGGCGUCAGUCGGUUGUCAGUCCCUCAGUGUUGGCUUUAAGCGAGGCAUUUCUCCUGGCGCUCGUGUUUGCUGGGAUAGCCGCUAUGGGUUAUUUUGUGCGGUUGUCAUAUCACUUUUGAUCCUACUUGGACCCACAAGGACUCUGUUUUUCUCGCGAGCCUGCAAGACUCCCCCGACAGCCACUAGCUCAUUAAGCACGUCACUGUGUGAAACCGAGCCAGUGCUGAAUGUUUGUGUCAGCUUCACACUGUGUCUGCUACAGACAACGGGGGCAUUUUAAUUUAUCCGCUGCGCUGACUCAAUCUACAGUGGCUGAAAGCCUUGGCUCAACAGUGCAAAACGCCGUUCGUUAGUUAGCCAGCUGGCUAACGCGGUAGCUUAUUAGCACACAAACUGAAAUAUCGAUUUUGACAGUGGGUUAAGACUAGUUAGCUUUCGAUCGUUGAGAAUUUUACUUUCGGUGAGACAAGCACGCCGCCACCGGAGUUGUUACUAACCCACCGUUGGAUAAUUUAAAUUCGGUUUUGUGUGUUAAUGUGCGGGUAUAGAUGAGGGAGAUUGACGGAAACGAUAAGGAGGAUAAGUUACAGGCUACACAGGAAGCCAGCAGCAGCAACAUAAACACAGCAGUGGUGUGUGACUCUCUGCGGGGAUAUUGUGCAGGAGUCUCGGUUCUUAUGUAAGCCGUGUUCUUCUUUAAUUUGUGCCAAAAAAAGCCUUCAACGGUUGCAUUUUGUAGACACCGCGAGCUAUUAAAGACGUCGGAGCAUCCACACUGGAUGGUGGACACCAACCUGUCGUCCAGUGUCCGUCCUCUUCCCCCCGAUGUAUUUUUACUCUCGCUGACAUAGAGAGCGUGUGUUUGGCUGUUUUUCUGGCCGUCUCGACACACCAAGGAGCAAAGUCCAGCUUUAUCCCCUCGCGUGUCCGUGUUUACCUUUUGGGUAUUAUCCCAAAAACACAUGCCACACUGGCGACAGGCCAGGCGUUUGGACACAUUUCCAUUAAGAGGAGAAGAGGAGUCCCCAGAGAGCCGUGGGAUCUGGCUGUCGUCCCCUGAGCCGACACCUCUGCCCCCUUGCAUUAUUUCCCACUCGUCUCGUUCCACACCACCCUCGGAUGAAACCUACACAGCCCUUUAUUUUUGUCUCGCACCAAAUGGGAUUAUAAGGACAUUGAUCUGUUGGUCUCCGUGACUGUCAUUUGUCGGCUGAUGUCUUCCUUCCUAAUUUCCCUCUGUUUGACAACGAUGACAGUUUGAGGCGAAGUGAACGCAACUGCGGCCAAAGACAGUUACACCGUUUCAGUCGAUGGUCAGCUCCGUUGUCCGUUUUUCCGGCCUACGACACGCACCCCGACCCUUGAUGUUGGUCACAUUUGGAGCAGGACAUUAUUUUGUAACUCACUAAACAGAACCCACCCCAUUGCCUUGUUGCUUUAUUGGUUUUGGUCGUCCCAGGGUCGGAAGAUGGCGGACCUCGAAGCGGUGCUCGCCGACGUCAGUUAUUUGAUGGCGAUGGAAAAGAGCAAAUCUACACCGGCGGCCCGGGCGAGCAAGAAAAUCAUCCUGCCGGAGCCCAGUAUCCGGAGUGUGAUGCAGAAGUACCUGGAGGAGAGGGAUGAACUGACGUUUGACAAAAUUUUCAACCAGAAAAUUGGCUUCUUACUGUUCAAGGACUUCUGUAUGAAUGAGAUCGACGAGGCUGUGCCACAGCUCAAGUUCUACGAAGAGAUUAAGGAUUAUGAGAAGCUGGACUCGGAGGAGGAGAGAUUGAGCCGCAGCCGGCAGAUCUACGAUGGUUACAUCAUGAAGGAGCUCCUUUCUUGUUCACAUCCAUUCUCUAAGAAAGCAGUGGACCAUGUCCAGAGUCAUUUGGCGAAGAAACAGGUUCCUCCGACUCUCUUCCAGCCGUACAUCGUGGAAAUAUGUGACAGCCUGAGAGGGACUAUUUUCCAGAAGUUCAUAGAGAGCGACAAAUUUACUCGGUUUUGCCAGUGGAAGAACGUGGAGCUUAACAUCCAUCUGACCAUGAAUGACUUCAGCGUACACAGGAUCAUCGGCCGGGGCGGCUUCGGAGAGGUGUACGGCUGCAGGAAGGCUGACACGGGGAAAAUGUACGCCAUGAAAUGUUUGGACAAGAAGAGGAUCAAGAUGAAGCAAGGAGAAACUCUAGCUCUGAACGAGAGAAUCAUGUUGUCGUUAGUCAGCACGGGGGACUGUCCAUUCAUCGUGUGUAUGACGUAUGCCUUCCAUACUCCUGACAAGCUCUGCUUCAUCUUGGACCUCAUGAACGGAGGUGACCUGCACUAUCACUUGUCUCAGCACGGCGUCUUCAUCGAGAAAGACAUGCGUUUUUACGCCGCUGAAAUCAUCCUGGGUCUGGAACACAUGCACAACCGCUUCGUUGUCUACAGAGACCUGAAGCCAGCCAAUAUCCUGCUGGAUGAACACGGCCAUGUGCGUAUUUCUGACCUUGGCCUGGCCUGUGACUUCUCCAAAAGGAAACCUCAUGCCAGUGUUGGUACUCAUGGUUACAUGGCUCCAGAGGUUCUGCAGAAAGGUACAGCGUACGACAGCAGUGCUGACUGGUUCUCUUUAGGCUGCAUGCUCUUCAAACUGCUCCGAGGGCACAGUCCAUUCAGACAGCACAAGACCAAAGACAAGCACGAGAUUGACCGCAUGACGCUCACUAUGAAUGUGGAGCUGCCAGACUCCUUCACUGCAGAGCUCAAAGAUCUGCUGGAGGGGCUGCUGCAGAGGGAUGUGUCCAAGAGGCUCGGGUGCCAGGGCCGAGGAGCCCCAGAGGUGAAAGAGCAUCAGUUUUUCAAAGGCAUCGACUGGCAGCAGGUGUACCUGCAGAAGUACUCGCCACCACUGAUACCCCCUAGAGGAGAGGUGAAUGCUGCAGAUGCUUUUGACAUUGGCUCAUUUGAUGAAGAGGACACCAAGGGCAUCAAGCUGCUCGACAGUGACCAAGAUCUGUACAAGAACUUCCCGCUGGUGAUAUCAGAGCGUUGGCAGCAGGAGGUGGCCGAGACGGUGUACGAGGCGGUCAACUCAGACACAGACAAGACAGAGGCUCGCAAGAGGGCCAAGAACAAGCAGCUGGGCCACGAGGAGGACUACGCCCUGGGUAAGGACUGCAUAAUGCACGGCUACAUGCUGAAGCUAGGAAACCCGUUCCUGACUCAGUGGCAGCGCCGCUACUUCUAUCUCUUUCCCAACCGCGUGGAGUGGAGAGGGGAGGGCGAAUCACGGCAAAAUCUGCUGACCAUGGAGCAGAUCGUGACCGUGGAGGAGACGCACAUCAAAGACAAAAAGUGCAUCCUGCUGCGAAUCAAAGGAGGGAAGCAGUUUGUGCUGCAGUGCGAGAGCGACCCAGAGUUCGUGCAGUGGAAGAAAGAGCUGACGGAGACUUUCACAGAAGCCCAGAAGUUGUUGCGUCGCGCUCCCAAAGUCAUCGGAAAAGGCCGCGCCGGAGUGGUGGAGCUCUCCAAACCUCCCCUCACACACCGCAACAGCAAUGGACUGUGAACAGGAGCGCACACAUUCACAUACGAAUACACAGAUACCAGACACAGACACACAGAUAAACACACACACACACACGAAAAAAACAAAACAAAACAAAAAAACAACAACAACACACACUUAGUCCCUUCACGCCGCUCUCCUCUCAUCAGCUACCAGACCUUUGCUCGGUUAUGCAUCAUGGUGUGUGUGAACAGAGUAUGACCACCAGCCUCUUACACACCACACACACUCUCAGACACACACACACACACAUACACACACAUACUCACUAUAAUGACCAACCAGAAGAGCUUUCUAAAAGAGCUUGUUUUUGCCACAAUACCUUGCCACUCUUGGAGAGAGAGAGAGAGAGAGAGAGAGAGAGAGGGGAGGCACUAAUAAAACUGUUGAGAUUUUGAAGUAGAAGAAUCUCUGCAUAAAUGUGAUGAGGAUGUGACCCGCCCGCCCACUCCUUUGCUCUGCUAACCCCUCCCCUCCCCCCGUCCCCCGUCCCUGUCCACCUGGCUGUGUUUGUACUGGAUGAGUCCAGAACCCGGCGAUGAUCAGACGUCCAACAGCCUCUGAGCCCCAGCUUCUGUUUACUGUGAGAAACACAGAGGAAAAAAACUGCUUCUCCUCUUGUCUCCCCUCCCCACCUUAUUACAGUAUGUGCAUAAAGUGCCAACAUUAAUAUUUACUUGAAAUCACCUGAGCGUCACCCCUUCUCCUCCUGCUAUCCAGCCAUUACACACGUAACACACACACACACACACACACAUAUAUUCACUCGCAGAAAGGAGGGAGGGUGUGUGCCCGUGGCCGUGUUGAUGUGUGACUGAUCAUUCCAGAGCAGAAAAGCAAGAAGAAACAAGGAUCACAGAAAGACUCUCCUCUCUGAUUGGCUGUUGUGCAGAGCCAGUUACCAUAGAGACUGAUAUUUCAGUGGGUGACAGAGCGCUGCUUGGUUGCCAUGGAGAUUAAUAUAUACAUAAAACAUACAUAUAUUUAUAUAUGUGUAUAUAAAUAUAUGUAUGCACACACACACACACACCGUGGGACUUUGACUACAACAGUUGUAACUGUCACGUAAUGAAGGUUGUGAAAAGGAUGAUAUAGUGGUGGGGGGUGGUGAGGGGUGACUGUAUAUAAGCAGCCCCCACCCCAUUGUCUUUGGUUUUUUUUUUUGGCUCUGCGUCUACAGUGUGAAACGUUUGCGUUAUCUGGGGCUGUCUCUGUAUUGGCUUGUCUGUGAGUCUGUCCGGGCUUUUGAGGGAGGGAGGAAAGAAAGCAGAUGAGGGGAGGCCGGGGGAGGGGGAGGGAGGAGGGAGACACUGCAUUACCUCAUUCGAACUGUCGACUCUUGUUUUUCUUAAACAUGGCCAGGUUUAGCUUCUGACCAUCACAUCUCUGCUGCCGCCUGCUCUGGUUUCUCAACCUGUGGGAGCAGGUCAGCUGCUGAGGACGCUGGACUUUUAGGAGAAGAAAGCAGCAGAGAGAUGAUUCAAAGACAAGCCCUGCUUUACACGCAGCAAAUACGGCUCACCUCAGCUUGUCACACCCUCAUCUACAAACUAGUUGGUUUGGCCUACAUUUCCCAGAAUUCCACAUAAUAAACUACAUGGCCAAAAACAAAAACAGCCGGUGAAGGGUUUUUCCAGGUGAUAAAUCAAGAUGGUGUUGAGUGCAGUCAUCAGUCUUAAUCUGUAGACAUAGAAAAGACAAAAGCUGAAUUAACAUUAACUGUAAACACAUUCCUGAGAAUUUACUGCAGAGUUGUUUUCAUAUUUCCUUUUGCUACAUUUUUUUUUGUUACCAUAAGGGCAACAAUUGGUACUUUUAGAAAACCGAAUGCCAACAGAGGAUGAAAUCUGAUGUGUUGAUUAGUGACAGUUCUGAUGCAGCCACAUGGUGCAUUUGAGGCCAUUGGAAUUCCAGCGUUUUGACAUUUAUGAUCACUUUUACCUAAAAAAAAUCUGUUUUGGUUUCAUUUAAAUGUUUGUCUGAGGGGUGCGUCUGCCUCCGUCUGUGGGACGCUGCAUCAUGUGAUCAUGUCAGUGCAGGUGCCAGCCAACCAGAUUACAGUACAAGACACAAGUCACACUACUAUGCCAUGGUUUUGGCUCUUGAUCCAACUACAUCCAAAAAUCUCAAAUUGAGAGAAAAAAGUGAGAACAUGAUGAGUGAUAUUACCAAAACAUAGUCGUAAUAUUCCAGGAUUAUUGCUAAAAAACUUCACAUUAACAAGUUAUUUUAAAUAGCCAAUUAAAACAGGCCAAACUUCAUACAUUUUUAUUAAUCAUAAAUAAAUCCUACAACGUUCAGAGAUUAGGAUUUAGUUCCUUGUACGAACUUUAUGGUGAACCAGUAGAUGAAGUUCCAACCCACAUGGAUUUGGCUCCUUAACUUACACCUUCAUAUGUGUGGAAUUUCAGUCAUCAUAGAUUUAGGAUUUAAUUUUGUUAAAUGUACGGCUGUUUUCUUGUAAUUCUUUGAAUUUAUUCCCAUAACAUUUCGACUUCAUCCUGGUAAUCUUACAACUUUACUCUCAUGGAUUUACUUAAUUUUUAUUUUUGCCAAUUUGGCUUCAAAAAUUUUAUUUAUUUAUUUUUUUUGCAAGUGUUUCAUUUGGCCAGUCUGAGAAUUUCUGUAGUAAACAGAAGGUUGAACAAGUCGGAAGGACGACCAUCGGUCAACGUGCAGAUGAUGACCGCGUCUGUCUGUUGAUCAGUAAUUUGUAAAUCACUCUUUUGACACAUCUGCUCAGUGUAAUCUCAUCUGAUGUGGGGACAGGGAGGUGUAGUGAGAGAGAUGUUCACCAGACGGACCACCAGUGUUACUCUGAUCAUUAGGUGACAGGAAAUGAACAACGACACGUCACUGCAGUGUUGAGUUUCCAGCUCCGUGGACCAGAGCGGUCAGUGACAGGUUGUGCUGCUUUAUUCAAAGAAUUGUGUUUCAGGGUGAUCGUUUUUCUUAAAGUCCAUUUCUAGUUGUGUUUAUCUGUGUUAUAUUCUUAAGUCUUCACUGAAUGUGACCAUGUGCUUUACCAGAGGGGGCGUCGCAGGUGUCAUCACGGUCCAAUGAACGUAGAGCGCAGCGGUGGAAAGGCAAACCAGCUUCUGGUUUUGACUCAGUCAUUAAUUUCAGGGUUUUUGUUUGUUUGUUUGUUUGUUUGUUUGUUUUCUUCCUUCAUGCAGUAUAACGUCCCUGUCUGUGAUUUCCCUGCAUUUCCACAGCUUUGCCAGUCUGACCUGCAGUAGGAAAAGGCUCAUUUGUUGUUUUUCUUUUUUUCCCCGCUUUUGUCUCUGUAGCUUUUACAAGUCAGGGGGAGAUUAUCAUCUUCUAGAGAAAUGUGGUCACCUCUCAAGGUGUCUUUUAUUGUUGUAAACCAAAAUGGUUUUUAAUUGUUUUCAUUGAAAUUGUACGUCGUUGCACCUUUUUAGCCCAGUGUGUUACCUAAUAGGUGUUUAAUGUGCCAAAUAACUGUCGCUGAUGGAAUAGAACCAACGGAAUGCCUCCUUUUCCUCAACAUAGGACCUGUCUGUCUGUGGAGAAACUACAGAUCACACACACACACACACACACACACACAUACGUACGUAAAUGUGCUUGGGAUAAGUUUUUUCAAAGGGUACAAAAACUGUGACCAAACAUUUGCUAGAGUUUUUUUGUGUGUGUGUGCCCUGUUAUGUGUGUUGUAACAUUUUGCCAUCACAACACACACACACACAUACAUGCCCAUUUAAUUGACUUAUUUUCCAAGUGUAUGUUUGUGUACUUGUAUGUGUGCUUCUCAAUCACUUUAUAUGUUAAUCUGGUUUGUUUUUUUUUUUUUUUUUUCUUCUCUCUUGUGUAUCUUUGGUCCUAAACCCAUUCUCAGCUCAGAUGAGACCAUUUAAAAAGGUUGGCAUAUAGGAGAAAAAAUUAAAGUAUAUAUAAAUAUAUGUGUAUAUAAAAUGAGAAAAUGCUUUAGGUUUAUUUAAAAAUUUAACGUAGAAAACAAAAUGAAAUUGUCGGGGGAAGUUUGGGGCUUUUUCUUUUUUUUUUCGUUGAUGUGAGUAUAAUUGUUUGUGGUGAAGACUUCAGCUCGAAUCUUGCACAUAAAGACUUUAGAUAUUGUACCUGCGAGUUACAGAUGAUUAUUUUUGUUUAAAUACAGGACUUCUUGCUCUUUCAUGUUUAUUGCAUGUGCAAGGAGCUCUCCCUUUUCCUCGCUUUCUGUCUCUCUGUCUUUCCACCUCUCCACACGUGGGAGCUCCAGGCUGAGGGCUCACUGUAGAAAACCCUGCAAUUUACACCCAUCAUAAACUCAAUGUUCUGUUUUUGGUUCAUUUGAUUUUUGUUGUUUUUUGUUUUGUUUUUGUUUUUUUUCAUACGCUGCAGACAAACACAAAUACUACUGGCUUUGGGUUAUUACCGUUAAGGAUAUGAUAAUACUGAUAUAUAAUUGAUAAUAUUCAAUGAUUAUUAGUAAAUUUAUUUUAUUUCAAAGAUUUUUUUGUGUGUGACAGGUAGGAAGUUGCGUGUUGGACUGCUUGUACAAAACGAUUCAUGAAUAAAAAUCUUUUUUUCCGUGUU